GGCUUUGGUACUGUUUUCAGGUAUAUGUCUCAAGGGAAACAUGCAGAAGCAAGAGAACUAAUGUAUUCAGGGGCUCUGCUGUUCUUCAGUCAUAACCAGCAAAACAGUGCUGCUGAUCUGUCCAUGCUGGUUUUGGAGUCUUUGGAGAAAUCGGAUGCAAAAGUAGCAGAUGACCUUCUAGAAAACUUGGCUAAAUUGUUUAGUUUAAUGGAUCCAAAUUCUCCCGAAAGAGUGGCUUUCGUCUCCAGAGCACUAAAAUGGUCUAGCGGGGGAUCAGGAAAACUUGGACAUCCAAAACUACACCAGUUACUAGCAAUUACCUUGUGGAAAGAGCAAAACUAUAGUGAAUCUCGGUAUCACUUCUUGCACUCCACAGAUGGCGAAGGAUGUGCAAAUAUGCUAGUAGAAUACUCCUCGUCCAGGGGAUAUCGCAGUGAGGUGGACAUGUUUGUAGCGCAGGCAGUACUACAAUUUCUCUGCUUAAAAAACAAGACCAGUGCGUCGGUUGUUUUUACGACAUACACACAGAAACAUCCUUCGAUAGAAAAGGGUCCGCCCUUCGUUCAACCACUACUAAACUUCAUCUGGUUCCUGUUGUUGGCAGUUGAUGGAGGAAAACUAACAGUAUUUACAGUAUUGUGUGAACAGUAUCAACCUUCAUUGAAAAGAGAUCCCAUGUAUAAUGAGUACCUAGAUAGAAUAGGACAGCUUUUCUUUGGUGUUCCGCCCAAGCAGACCUCAUCCUAUGGAGGAUUACUAGGAAAUCUUUUAAACAGUCUGAUGGGAACUGGAGAAGAUGAUGACACAGAAGAUGGUCAGGAAGACAGCAGUCCUAUCGAGCUCGACUGAAUGUUGUCAUUGGGUGCCGUGUAAAUCUGAUGAUUCGAUGACUCCAAAGACAGUUUUGGAAUUUGAAUCCUGCAGUUGUUUCUUGGCGCCUAAAAGGGCUCCUCUGGUCUUUUAGAAAUGGUUGCUGAAAUGUUUAUAAUGUUUGGUCUAUAUUAUUUAUGUAAAAAAAGAGAGAAGCCAACAAAAAGUAGCCAAACAAACCCAUCGGAGCAAUUGUUAGCAGGUUUCCGAUACAGUGGCUGGUGACUUUGAUUAAAAUAUAGUCUUCUACGGUUUCUGAUGCAGUAUUCCCUUUUGCACAGUAAUUCAAUAAAGCAUAAAUAUGGGUCUUGUACUUCAUGGCCUA